CCGACAUCUUCAAACAACUAUCUCGAAGGAUCAGACAGGAGCAGUAUCAUGCUCACUGAAACCUCACGUCAUGUAGCGCUCAUUUCUCCUUGGCUCGUCGUCGUUUGCCACGCUCAUUAAUACCCCGAUCUUUGUUUGGAUUGACUCCUUCUCUUCCUUUAACUCCCUACAGAUACAGCGUCAAACAGAUGUUGUUGGGACGUCUACCGCUCCCAUACACUGUUCUAUAUUUUUCGAGCCUUCGUAGUCACUCCUGGUGAAGAGGUGGAAAUGAUGUCGGGCAUAUCUGCCAAACGCCAGCGGGAAGAUGACUUUGAGAAGGCGGAGUUGGAUUGGGAGCGGGGUCGCAAGAAACCGCGACCACUGCCAUUCCGAACCUCUCUCACAUCAAAACAUACCACCCUAUUCUCUCAAACUCACCACUUCUUCCCCUCCGCCGAUAUUUCUCCCCCAACCAUCACCCCUGUCGAAUCUUCAGAUGAUGACGAUAAUGGAACGGCAUCAUACAUGGUCAUGCCCCCUCAAGGCCAGAUGGCGAAAAAAGAUGACAUACCAUUCCUUACGAUCAGAGUCCAUCCAUGCCACGACGCCGACUCAGAUCUUGAGAUGACCGACCCGCCCCGUACCUCUUCGAACCCCAUUACCCCAUACUCAGCGAUCUUGUCACCAAUCCCGCAGAGUUUGAUUGUCCAAUCUCUCAAUAUCAGUGGUGGCCGCACUGCAACACCCAUUUAUGGGCAUUUCACUGCGAAUAUGAGCCUCAAUACUAUGAGAGAGGAUUCCAAUAUUGCAAAUGAUACCUCUGCAUUCAUACCUUGCCCCGCUACCGUUUCCGCUAGAGCUGAUGUCGUUAUUCCUAUUUCUUCUUCCUCUGCUAGUUCGUUACCAGCGUUGACUGAUGGAGAGGACUGGUGGCGUCGUCGGAGACUUCCAAGCCCAAUCAGCGAAGAUGAAGUCUCUCCCACGACCACAUUCCCCCCAAUUAAUCGGGACUUGAAAUCCAAUAUCUCAACCACCACCGAUGAUACCUCAACAUCUUCAUUCCUCACUCUCCCCUGGGAACGGAAGCCCUCAGCCACGGCGGAACUGGAGCAACAGACUUGGGCACAGCACGACCCCUUAAAUCACAUCGCGGCACAUGCUGCCGCUGCCGCUGGGAAUAGUAAAUUUCCCGAACGUAACCACCAACCCAUGAUCGCUCAAGAUAACAGUUGGCAAAUCGCAAGUAACCCAGCCAUUCGUACUUGGACCCCCCAACAAUCUACAACAACGACAACCACCUUUCCGCAAUGCAACGGCAUUUUCCCUUUCUCAAAUAACGAUAUAUUCCCUCUCCAGAGAGACAAAGCCAGCCGCCCGCCAAAAGUAAGCAUUGCGAUGGGUUACCGUGCUGAUUGCGAUAAGUGCCAGAGACGUGUGCCGGGGCAUUAUAGCCAUAUCAUUCGUGGGUGAUUUGGAACUUUCCUUUUUCCUUUGGGGAAAGAGGAGGGCGGCCUGAUUUGUCCCUUUCUUUUUUCUUUCUCUUUGCUUCUUGCUUUUCCUUUUCUCCAUGUAUUAGAGAUUAAAAGCUUUGAUGAUAAAUGACCCCCUCUGUUUUACUUUUGUUUUUUUUUUUUUGGUUCUUUUCUAUCAUGAUUUAUGAAGUUGAGUAUAUUUGCUUGUCUGUUUCAUUUCUUGUUUACAGCUCUCUAUUCCCCCCAUUUUGUAACAAGAGGUAUCAUAAUUGUUUUUAUAUGCACAUCAAAAAACCUGUGUUCCUGUUCCUGUGAGUGUCUAUAACCUCUAGCUAUACAUGUAUAUAGUUCAUGAUGGUUUUUUUGAUUCAUGCACGCAUGUGAUGUUUUUAUUUGUGAUUCAGCUGAUUGUAACUGUUAUUUUAUGAGUGAGCAUAGCAGUGGAUAGGAUAUAUAAACAGGUAUAUAUAUACCUAAAUGUAAUCUGCAAAUGAAGGAAAUUUCUGAAUCAUCAUUGAAAGUAUCAGUUGUAGUAAUUAAUUAAUUAAGUUAAGAUUAAUAAAAUUGAUAAGAAAGCUGAGG